AUGUAUCAAUCGUUAAGAAUUUUUCUAAAACCAACGACAAGUCUAGCAAGAAAACAGUUUUUUCAAAACAAUAGUAUACUAAACAAGAUACGACAACAAACACAAUCCAAUCAAAAUGUACAAUUGUUAAAAUCAUCAAUGAAUCCAUGGGAAAGAAUGAAUCAAAUAAUGAAUCAACAAAUUAAACAAUUACAAGAAUUACAAAACUCACCAUUAACCAAUUCAUCUACUUGGAAAAGUUACAAUCAAUAUUAUAAUAGAUCAAAUUGGGAUAAAUUGAAGAAACCUUUAUUAUUUACAGUUGCAUUUUGUGUAGGUACAACAUUUGCAACUCCAUAUUUAUUUGAUUAUACACCAAUGUCAAUUUUCAAACAAUAUCCUCAAUCUAUUGUAUGGACAAUAAUUGGUAUAAAUGCAUUAGUAUUUUUCCUGUGGAGAGUACCUCAAUUACAAAAAUUUACAAUGCAAUAUGGUAUAUUAUUUAAAGAUAAUAUUCAAUCACCAUGGACUCUUUUAGGAUCAGCUUUUUCACAUCAAAGUUUUGCACAUUUUGCUAUAAAUAUGCUUUGUUUCCAAUCAUUUGCAGUUACUUUAGUUGCAGUUUUAGGAGUAUCAAACUUUACUAUACUUUAUUUAAAUUCAGCAGUUAUAUCAUCAUUUGCAUCAAUUGCAAUUCCAAUGUUAUUGGGUAGUUCAUUAUCAGUUGCAUCAUUAGGUGCAUCAGGUGCCAUAUUUAGUGUUUUUGGUUGUUUUUCAUAUCUUUUCCCUGCUUCUCCUGUUGGAUUAUUCUUCAUACCUGUACCAGGUGGGGCUUGGGUUUUGUUUUUGGGAACUGUUAUUUGGAAUGCUGCUGGAACUGUAUUGAGGUGGGGAACGUUCGAUUAUGCUGCUCAUUUAGGUGGUUCAUUAGUUGGAAUAGCUUAUGGAUAUUAUUUUAAUAAGAAAAGAAAAGAACAAAUUAAGAGAAGAAGAUUAAUUUUAGAUUUUUAG